GAGUUGCAUUGCAUACUCCUUUAGUUUCCUUUGCUUUGAUAUUCUCUUCAACAUCUUUAACUCUCUACUUUGGUCUUGAAGCCAAAAAAACAUCUCAAAUUAAAGAAGAAAAUAUAUUGGUAUGUCUCUUCAACGACCUAACAACGGGAACUCGAGUUCUUCUUCUUCCCCCAAGAAGCACAAAACUGAGGAGAGUGACGAGGAGUUGUUGAUGGUUCCUGACAUGGAAAUGGAAGCAGCUGGAUCGACAUGCGUUCUAAGCAGCAGCGCCGACGAUGGAGUCACUAACCCGGAGCUUGACCCGACUCAAAACGGUGUCUCCACCGCUAAUAAACGCCGCCGUGGACGUAACCCAGUUGAUAAAGAGUAUCGAAGCCUCAAGAGAUUGUUGAGGAACAGAGUAUCAGCACAACAAGCGAGAGAGAGGAAGAAAGUGUAUGUGAGUGAUUUGGAGUCAAGAGCUAACGAGUUACAGAACAACAAUGACCAGCUUGAAGAGAAGAUCUCUACUUUGACCAACGAGAACACUAUGCUUCGUAAAAUGCUUAUUAACACAAGGCCUAAAACUGAUGACAACAAUCACUAAACACAAGACCAAGAUUAUUAGGAUUUUAUCAUAUCCCUCUUUAAUUCAUUGUUCAAUGUUCUUUUUUUUUUCUUGCUUUUGUUUUGUAUACAAUUUUUGUUCCAAUAACAACAUCCAAGUUAAGCAAGCAUCACUAAUUAAAUCAAAUUACA